UGCACGUACCCGCCAACGUAGCGAUCGAAUAGGUAUAAAAGGGGGGCGCAGCCGUGUUUCGAGCAUCAAUCGAUUUUCAACCAGCUCUCAAGCUUGAGUAACAACUCCUCAAUCUACCUACAACAAUGAAGUGCAUCGCAGCCGUCGUUUUGCUCGCCCUGGUUGCCAUGGCUUUCGCCAAACCAUUGGAAACGGAGUCGAUCGAGCCCGCUAAGGCCGAAUCGGUGGAAGCGGAAGUUGAGGCCGCGCCUCGCGACAAGCGAGGACUGCUGGUGGGCGCGGCAUACACAGCCCCAGUCGCCUACAGCGCUUACACGGCGCCGAUCGCGUACACGUCUGCCUACAGUUACCCUUACGCCGCGUACACCGGCUAUCCUUACUACGCCUCUGCCUACUCAGCGCCAUACUACGUUCUCUAGAACAUCGAGGGGCCUGCAUUUCGGACGAUAAUAACAUUCGACGACUGCACCGCGAUCUACGACGGCUCUCUGUCUCGGAGAGCUUUCCAUCGUUUCGAUCGGGAUGCACGAAUAUAAUUAUCGCGGAGAGAUGCUUGCGAAUGGCUCCUGAUCGAGAUUGGCAUACAGAUGUGAGAAACUGAGAGAAAUCGACGAGAGCAUUCGCCGGCAUUUCUCCGCGCUUCUUAACAAUUAAUAAUCAAUGAACAUAUAUAUAUAUAUAUAGAUGUAAAUUUUCUGCACAUAAUGUAGAUGUAAGAUUAAUAAAUUUCAUUGCAAAGUAAA